AUGAUGCACCCUUCGCGGCAAGCAUAUGUGGAGGAGGAGCCGCAAGAGGAUGUUGAUAUGGGCGGCAUCGACCUUGCCAACGUUCCCCUCGAUCGCGACUAUUCCCUUCCCUCCGGAGCGGCUGGAGUUCCCUCGGAGAAAGCGUCGGCUAUCCUCGCUCAAUUCGAGCGCAAGCGUCUUGCCGCAACCAUUGCCGUUCCCACCGAUGACAACAAGGUCCGCCUACGGUUACGAGAGAUUGGAGAGCCCAUUACCCUUUUCGGGGAGGGCCCGGGGGACAGGAGAGACCGUCUGCGAGAACUGCUCACCCAGCAGAUUGAAUCAGGCCAGCAUGAUGCGGAGGGCGACGCGCAGAUGAGGGACCAGUCAGUCGAGGCUGAGGAUGAAGAUGAGGGAAACGAGGAAUUCUACACGGAAGGCCUGGAGGAGCUGCUGGAAGCACGGAGGGACAUCGCCAGGUAUUCUCUGCCAAGAGCACAAACGCGCAUUGCGUACCAGAAGAUGGAAUCCACGAUACCUCUACGGACCCAUGUCAAGCAUCGCAAAGCCGUCAAGGAGCGCCUACAGGGCUUCGACUUGUUUGGAUCGCAAAUUGCUGGAGACAGGCCCGUCAGUAUGGCGCGGUUCUCGCCCAGCGGAGAGAUGAUUGUGGCGGGCAACUGGGGCGGCAGCAUCAAACUGCUCGACGUGCCAAACCUUGAAGAGAAGGGAGUGCUUCGAGGGCACACGGACAGGAUAGGCGGAUUGGCAUGGUAUCCUGGUGCUACGUUACCAGACAGCAAUGUCUCCCGCUCAACUCUUAACCUGGCUUCCGGUGGCGGCGAAGGCCAGAUUCACCUGUGGUCACUCGAAGAAGAUACCCCGAUCUCCUCUCUUUCUGGUCACACCGGACGUGUUUGCCGCGUGGAGUUCCACCCUUCAGGCAAGUAUCUGGCAUCCGCCUCCUUCGACACAACGUGGCGUCUAUGGGAUGUGAACACGACGACCGAGUUGCUCCUCCAGGAAGGACAUUCGCGUGAAGUCUACACGGUCAGUUUCAAUGGCGACGGGUCGCUGAUAGCCAGUGCUGGGCUCGACAGUAUUGGCAGAAUUUGGGAUCUCCGUACAGGCCGCAUGGUCAUGCUUCUAGACAGCCACAUCAGCCCAAUCUACGGUCUGGAUUGGAGUGCGGAUGGGUACCGUGUGCUUUCCGGGUCUGGGGAUGGAUUUGCAAAGUGCUGGGAUGUGCGCGCUGUUCGCGAGAUGGGCAAUAUUGGUGCUCACAGAGGCGGAGUGACGGACCUUCGUUGGUUCAAGGGAAUUGACGGACCCGCAAACGGAUACACGCCGGUCAAGGACGAAGGUGGCAACAUGCAGCCAAAGAAAGCGGGAACUUUCUUCGUUUCCUGCGGAUUCGACAAGAAUGUCAGGAUCUUCAGCGCAGACGACUGGGCACUAUGCAAGACGUUGAGCGGCCACUCGGGAAACGUGCUUAGCACCGAUGUCAGUCAUGAUGCGAGGUGGAUUUGCAGCUCCGGACACGACAGGACGGUGAAACUGUGGGCUAGGGAUGAUGGAGAAGGAAUUUGA